AUGGAAAUCGAGAGUGAAGAAAAGAAAAGAGAAGAAUCGAAUUCAAUCGAUCAUGUUAUCUCAUGGAUUCUAUUGCUCUAUGCUGGUAUUGUCACUUCAUUCAUCUCUCCAAUCGUUCUCAUUGUUCUUUUUUAUUCCGCAUCUCCUCUUAUGCUUAUCAGCACGGAAUGUCGGAAAAUUGUCAUGCGAAUUCUUGCUCGUGCUUCAAAUCUGCAAUUCAUAACUUGUGUUAGAAUUGCUGGAAUUAAAGUAAUGAUGUCCGGUGAGAAUUUGGAUCGUCUUUCCGACUGUCGUGCUCUGUUGCUUCCAAACCAUUUGAGUCUCUUUGAUCAUUUCAUUUUCAUGACUGCUGCUGAUUCAUUCGGAAUUAAUGCAGUUGGAAGAUGGAUAUUUGUGAUUUACAACAUGUGGAUAUAUACUCCACUUGGAUGGCUCUGGAGUAGCUAUGGAAAUUAUUUCAUCGAUUCUGUACCUAUUCAUAAAAGAGAAGAAACAUUGAGCCAUUUGAGAAGACAUUUCGAUCGUAUCUAUCAUGAUGUUGACCUCCGUUGGGUGUGUCUUUACCCAGAAGGAUCUCGUCUCUUUCUAAUCCAAAAAAGAAAUUCCGAAUAUGAGAAAAAGAAAGGACUUCCACAACUCACCCAUUGCGCAUACCCACGUCUUGGAGCUGCUUUGAGUGCAAUCAAAGUUCUUGGACCAGACCCGAAAGAUCCUUCGAAAGCAAACAAUGGAAGAGGACCUCCAUUGAAAUAUUUAGUUGAUGUGACACUCGGAUAUCCAGAUGGGAAAAUUCUUCCAUUCAAAGAUAUUUUCAUGUCUGCAUUGUUGAAUGGAGGUGGAAAGCCGUAUGCAAUUCACUAUGAGAUAUUCGAUAUGGAUCCUAAAUGGAGUGAUGAAGAGGAACUUAGAAAGUUUCUUUUUGAUCGUUACCAGCAGAAAGAUAAACUAUUGGAUUCAUACUACAAAACUGGAAGUUUUUCAUCAGAUUCAAAAGAAGCGCCCCUCCCAUCUGACGUCAUCAUCAUCGGUUUCCAACUUCUUCAAAUUGCUCUUUUUGCAAUUAUCACCAAAUUUUUGUACUCUAGCAUCUUCUAA